CAUAUUUGUUUCAUUUGAACACGACGGCUUUGGGCAUCUCGCAAUCCCACUCUCACUAUGGCGACGGUCUUUCAGGUCACUAUUCACGUCCAUCCCCGUGAUGUUGCUAGAUUCUUGGAGGCGGCCGAGCCAACCAUCGAGAAGAUGAAGAGGGAGUCUGAGCUGAUGUACUUCGAGAUGUAUCAAAUUCAUGACUCUCCGGGCACGAUCACGUGGAUUGAGAAAUGGUCCGAACCUGUAGAUUGGAUCCUGAAACACCAAAUGACGAAGGAGUAUUACAACGCCUAUUUUGACGCGACAGAGCCCUUCUACGUAAAACCGCGCGAACUGAAGAUUUUGAGUUCUUUGGGACCACGGUACUCAUACCAGAAGUGAUGGGAGGCUUGGUGAAGUUAGACAUUGUUGAUGUAAGAGAAGGGGACUUGAAUAAGUUACAUAAACAGGCUGAUAAUGAAUGAAACCCUUUGUCACUUUUUCUGAUGCAUGCAAAUGAUCAAGAAAAACAAUUUCAUUCUUACCGGAAUGGAAGCUGG